AUGUGCUGCCCAUCUGUGUCACCGUGUGCUGCCCAUCCGUGUCACCGUGUGCUGCCCAUCUGUGUCACCGUGUGCUGCCCAUCUGUGUCACGUGUGCUGCCCAUCUGUGUCACACGUGUGCUGCCCAGCUGUGUCACACGUGUGAUGCCCAGCUGUGUCACAUGUGUGAUGCCCAGCUGUGUCACAUGUGUGCUGCCCAGCUGUGUCAUCCAUGUGCUGCCCAUCUGUGUCACACGUGUGUGCUGCCCAUCUGUUCACACAUGUGCUGCCCAGCUGUGUCACGUGUGCUGCCCAGCUGUGUCACGUGUGCUGCCCAGCUGUGUCACGUGUGCUGCCCAGCUGUGUCACGUGUGCUACACAGCUGUGUCACCGUGUGCUGCCCAUCUGUGUCACCGUGUGCUGCCCAUCUGUGUCACCGUGUUCUGCCCAUCUGUGUCACACGUGUGUGCUGCCCAUCUGUGUCACACGUGUGCUGCCCAGCUGUGUCACGUGUGCUGCCCAGCUGUGUCACGUGUGCUGCCCAGCUGUGUCACAUGUGUGAUGCCCAGCUGUGUCAUCCGUGUGCUGCCCAGCUGUGUCACGUGUGCUGCCCAGCUGUGUCACAUGUGUGAUGCCAUGCCUUCCCUUAUCACAAUGGACUGCACCCUCAAACUAUAA